AUGUCCGCUGACUGCUCACCCAGCCAGUGCGUGCGCCUUGCGCUCGGUCCCACAGAGACCGGUGGGCGGCCGUGCAACGACGGCGUGUACGCCGUGGGCGUGCGUGGCAUGAGGCUGUCACCUUGCGCCGCCGCUGACGCGUCCUAUGCGGCUGAGUUCGCACCGCUGGGCCAAGGCAGAGUCUACCGGGCGCGCGCCGCGGACGCGGACCCAGUGCACCCGUGGCGCUACCUGUGGCACUCGAGCGCCGCUGCCGGUGGCUGGGUUCUGGGCGCCGCCCCGCCCUCCUCCGACGCCGUCCCACUCCACUUCUCCAUCGCCGACGCGGGCGGGGGCGUUGGCCUGCCGCUGGGGAGCUGGCACUGGGAGCGGAGCUGCGCGGCGUGCCUCGGCCCCUCGCCAAAGCCAGAGACGGCCCUCCUCUCGCUGGCCUGCGCGCCCUGCUCUCCGCCCGUCGCCGAGCCGCCGCCAGCGGGAGGGGGCGCGCCGGGCGCAUCUUCCCUCUCCGUCGUCCGCGUCUCCUGCACCUCCAUCGACUUCAGCUGGCGGCCGCCGCUGCCGCCACUGUGGCCACUCGACGCGCCGCCUCCCUCAGAGUACGUCUUGCGGGGGGUCGCGACCGCCACCGAGGCGGGCGCCCCGGCGUCGACCGAGAUGGCCGAGGUGCGGUCGGCGGGCCUCUCUGCGCGCGUGAGCGGCCUGCAGCCGGGGUGGACCUACUCCCUUCGCGUGGCUCCGCGCGGCGCGAGCGGCGUUGGCGGUCGGGCGACCGCCUCCCGCCCCCUCUCCAUCACCACCACGCGGGUGCGGGCCGAGCCUCCCGACGAGUGGCCAAUCGAGGCGCGCGCCGAGGGCUUCGACGCGAGCCGGUACGGCGUGGGUUCGCCCCUCGCCGCCGCCGAGUCCGCCGCGCCGUUCGACGCGUGCAGCACCGCGCAGUUCUCGAUCCCCGCACCGCCAACUUGCGCCGGCGACGCCGCAUCUCUGCUGUGCCGCCGCGCCGCCGCGUCGGGCGCUUGGGAGCAGGACAUGUGGGCGUGGGGCGCUUGUGCCGCGACGCGCCGGGUCUCGUCGGGCGGCGCUGCAUCGAGGCACACGUGGCUGGUUGGCGGGCUGCGGCCGCUGCAGUCAGUGACCGUCCGUUCGCGGCUCACCUUUCGAGAGCCUGCCCUCCCCGAGGGUGGGGGCGGGGGAGGGGACGGGGGCGCGGCGGGAGUGCCGCACGCCAAGCAGACGCGCUGGGGUGCACAGGUGGGUCCGAGCCUCGCCGGCUGGCCCGCGCCGUCGGUACUCGCGCCACCGCGCGCGCGCGCGCUCUCCUCCGCCUCCUUCGAGGUCCUGCCGCCCAGCGACCCCUUCCCGCGCUGCCGCGCCGCCGCGGCCGCGCCGGUGAGGUGGCGGGUCGAGGUGGACGAUGGCGCCAGCGGAGAGCCAGAGGGCCGCUGGCGGGCGGUGCCGGCUACGGCGCACCGCGGCGACGGUUCCACUACUGGCCCGCUCGGAGGCGGCGGAACCACGCUCGAGCUGGACGUCACGCUGCGUUGCCCGCCGCCCCGCGGCUGCGGCUUCCGCCUCGUGCCGCUGAAUGUGGAGGGCGUGAGCACGGCUGGCGCCGCCGUGCGUGCGGUGUCGGCGCGUCUGCCUGCCCCGUCGGGCGCGACGGCGGUGUGGAUCGAGUUGUGGCUCGUCGAGACGGCGGCGCUGCCUGUCGGGGCGCCUUCGCACCCCUCCGGCGGCAGCGCCGCGUUGCUCGCCCGGCACGCUUGCCUUGCCGCGGAGCUUGCCGCGGCGCUGCGAUUGCUGCCCGCCGCGCCGCUGCUGGCAGAGUGUGAGGCGGACCCGGCGUCGGUGGCGGGAGUCGCCGCCUCGGCGGGGGUUCGCGUGCUCGAGUCGCGAUUGCGAGGCACCGCUCUCGUCGUCGAGCUCCCGCGGGCUGCCGGCGCGCAGGCGCUGGCUGCGGGCCUCGAGGCUGCCGUCGGGGGAGGAUGGAGGGCGGAUGGCAGUCGCUCCAGCCGCGAGCACCGCUCCGUCGCCGUCGCGUUGCUCUCUGGUGCCAUCGCCCCUCUGCUCAACGCGAGCCGCGGCGUGCUGCGCUGCGUCGCCCCGGGCUGCAGCACCGAUGACGCGUGGGCACAAAUGACGCCGGGCGUCGUCGCGCUCGCGGCGCGGCGGUCGCCAGACGAGCAAGGCUUCGACUGUCUCGGCGCGGCGGCAUCUGCGGCGCGCCGACACGGCUCCCUGCUGCCGCUCCUGCUCCUGCUCCUGCUCCUGCCAUCAAGCGCCUUUGGCCUGGCGGUGCUGUGGCGUCGGACGGCGCGGCGGCGCGGCGAGGCGGACGCACAGCUGAUGGCGGCGGAGCUGUUCGUUUUCAUGGUCGACGAGGUGCUCCCCGCCGUUCAAGCCACCGUGGACAAGUUCUCGAGGGCUGCUCACGGUGCCGCCGGCCGGACGGCAGAUGCGUGGCGCGACCCGACCCUCGCCGCCGCCGACGCGCGCGCAACCCUAUUCACCGUCUGCGGCAGAUUGGGCCUCGACUACGCGCUCCCUCGGGAGGCGGCGGAGAGAGUGCAGGAGGCGACGCCUUUGGCCACGCCGGCACGCGCACGCGUCUCCCCGCUCACAUCUCCAUGGCGCUGGUCAAUCGGCGAGAGCCCUCUAGCAGCGGCGGAGAAGGGGCUGAACGGCGCACCAGAGAAAAUGGCGCUGACCGGGGCGGCGGCGGCGACGACCGACGACGGAGAGCAAGGGUUCGACGCGGACCUCGCCGCCAUCCGUGCGCGCAUCGCGAGUGGGUACCGCCAGCAGCGCGGCUCUGCUGUUUCGCCGCGCGGAACCGAUGUCGCCGUGCCGGCGCCUGGGCGGGCGCUUGCGCCAAAUGCUCCGGCCGCGUUUGCUGCCGUGCAAGCCACCGAACGCUCCCCGCCGGCCGGGUUUGGUGCGAGGUGGGAGGACCAGGAGUCGGAGAUUGGUUCGACCGCGUCUUCGGUGCGUUGGGUCGGCUCCCCGCACAAGGCGCGGCACGAGCGCGGCUACGCCGAGGGCGCCCGCGAGACGGGGCGCUUCAGGGCCCUGACGAACCCGGGGACGAUCGACUCGGACCCGAUCUCGCGGGCAGUCGCGUUGCUGGGUCGGCUCCCCUCUGUCGGAUCCGCCUUUGCAGCAUCCGACGUGAGUGCCGUGAGUGCGACCGACCGAGAGGUGGCAGAGCUGAUGAAACAGCCGGUCCUGGACCACGGGGAGGUGGUGGAGGAGGCCGAGGUGGACGUCGUCCGGGUGGUGCCGCGGCGGCACCAGGCUCUGCCAACGCCCUCCCAAUUCGGAGACUUUGGCUCCGAUGUGGGAGGGCCCACGAUGGCGGAUCUGGGAUCGCUCAUGCAAAACAUGGACGCUUUUCGUAGCAGCAUCGCCGCGGGCGGCCUCGAGGCCUUGCACGAGGCUCCGCCCGAGGACAUGGCCGCCAAGGAGGACCGCGAGGAGCAGUCGUGGAUGGCAGCAGAGCCGCCGCCGCCGCCGCCGCCGCCGCCGCCGCUGCCGCCGCGUUUUGAGAGCCCUGUGCGCCUAGUGGAUCUGGCUCCGCCGUCCGCGGGCGCCGCGGGCGCUUUCCCGGGCUUAGGCGGCGCGUCCGGCGCGGCGGCUGUGGGAAUGCCGGACGAGGACGCUGCAGACGCCACGGAUACGAACGCCGGUGCCUCGGUGGCCGGUGUGCGGAGCCAGAGGGCGGGCAUCGGGUCAGAGGAGGAGGAGGACUUAGGAGCUGUGCUCGAUGAUGACGAGGAGGGCGAGCUGCUGGAUGCGGAGGAGGAGGAGGAGCAGCCGCUUGGCGGCGGCAUGGACAUUUGA